AUGCCAGACGACCAACAUCGCACACACACACACUCCCGUUGUCCCAGUUUCUGCGUUGUUUGUUUCCACCCCAUACUUUCACCGAAUAUGUCAGGCCUGGAAUUCCUCAACGUCGCUUCCAGCAUCAUAUCAAUUGUCGACGCAGUCGUCAAAGUCAUCAGUGCCUACCAAGACGUCAACGGGCUCCCUGACGCCGUCAGGGACGCCUAUACCCGCUUACCAUUAGUGGCAGACACGCUUAGACUGGCCACGGAGUGUAUGAACCAAAGCCAACCCGACAACGAUCAGGAUAACACGACAAAGGAGUCAUGCAGAGCGAUGUUGCAAGUUCUCCAAGCAUGUCGCGAAAAAGCUACGCUGCUGGGGACCAUCUUCCAUGCGGUUCUUCCCCCAGGAACGACGCGUCCUUCAGCGCGCAAGCGCUUCACCACCGCCGCGAUCAUGACGCUGCAUAUGGGCAAAAGCAGGAAGGUCGAAUCGUUGAUGAAGGGUAUCCUGCAAGACAUCCAGCUCUUGGCGAACAAUCGUGCUCUGGAUGAGGCCACUAGAAAUAAGAUAAAGGCUCGAAUGGAUAUGAAUGCCUCAGCUCAGAGUAAUAUCAUCUCGUUGUCGGGAAGCUCUCCACCACCACCCCCGGUUACAUGUGCGAGUCCAUAUGCCUCUGACGAGGGCUGUGAUCUUUCUGUGCCGUCAGAGCACAUGCAGUCGUCCGUACCUUUGUCACAACAUGAAGAAACAAGACCAACCAUGUCGUAUCGCCAACCGUCCGUCUUCUGCAGCUACGGAACUGGAACACAAAAUAUCCAUUCCGGCCGCGGCAACCAGAACAUCAAUAGUGGACAAGGCCACUUCUUCAACGGAACAGUCACCGGCCCUAUCCACUUCUCGACUGCUGCCCGCUGUUAA